GCAAACAGGCUAUACUCAACAAUUCACAGGUCACAAAGCAGAAGUAGGAUUAGAUCAAUUAACCCCCCAAGUUGUUGGGGCUUUUCGCUUUGCCUCACUUUCUCAGGAACCAACCACACCUUUCAUCAAUCAUUACUCUCGCCUCCUGAUGUUUACUUCCUCAUUGCUACAUCCAGGAUUCCUUUCCUGUAUCAACCGUACGAAACCCCUUCUUCCCUUUUUCUUUUAAAAAGAAAACAUGAAACCAGCUUAAAAAACCUACUUACCCAGAUCGAAUCCUAUCUCUACAAUGGAUUUCGUGGAGCUGGAGGCAAUCGAGGGCCUGCGAUGGUCCUGGAACGCUUGGCCCACGACAAAAAAUGAAGUCACAUCCCUGGUAAUUCCACUUGGCAUCAUGUGUACACCACUCAUGCAAUCUUUGGAGCUUCCAAUUCUACCUUACGAGCCCCUUACCUGCACACGCUGUGGUGCUGUAUUAAAUCCUUACGCUCGCGUUGAUUACCAAUCUCGUAUUUGGAGCUGUCCCUUCUGCUACCAGAAAAACACUUUCCCUAUUUCUUAUUCCGGUAUUGGAGAAACCAAUCUUCCAGCUGAGCUUUUCCCCACUUACAGUACCGUUGAAUACAAACUCGAUAAGAUCGAUGCAAAAAUUGCUUCUUCUGCGCAUUUGGGUUAUAGUUGGGCAAAUGGAUUGUCUUCUUCUAAUGUGUCUUUGUCAUCGAUGGCGUCAUUGGGGACUCCGAGAAUGGCCGCCGGUGGUGGGGAGGUGAAAGGGGUGGGACCUGCUUUUAUAUUUGUGGUUGAUGCUUGCACGGCGGAGGAGGAGCUGAUGGCUGUUAAAAAUGAGUUGUUAUUGGUUAUUGAGCAGUUGCCAGAAAAUGCGCUUGUGGGUUUGGUUGCCUUUGAUUCAAUGGUUAGGGUUUAUGAUCUGGGGUUCUCGGAGUGCUCGAGGGUGGUUGUGUUUCAUGGUGAACGUGAGGUUUCAUCGGAGCAGAUCCAACAGUUUUUGGGGAUAAAUAAAACCAAGAUGCAGCAACUUGGAAAGACGCCAUUUGUCCAGAAUCAGGGAUUUUUGCUACCCAUAUCUGAAUGUGAGUUCAACAUCACUACAGCAAUUGAAGAAAUUUGUUCUUUAGCAGUGGUCAUGUCUGGUCAUCGCCCUCAAAGAUGCACUGGUGCAGCAAUAACUGUUGCGCUUGGACUGCUUGAAGGAUGUUCAGUGCAUACUGGCUCCCGCAUUAUGGUUUUCACUUCUGGACCCGCAACUUUGGGGCCAGGGAUGAUUGUGGAUUCAUCUCUCACUAAUGCCAUCAGAACUCAUAGAGACCUCAUUAAUGGUCGUGCACCAUACCAUGACAAAUCAUGCAGCUUCUACAAUCGAUUGUCACAGAGAUUAUCUGAUGCAUCUAUUGUUCUUGAUUUAUUUGCUUGUUCUCUUGAUCAAGUAGGGGUGGCGGAGCUAAAAGCCCCAGUUGAGAGGUCAGGUGGAUUCAUGAUGUUAGGAGAGUUAUUUGAGUCAGAUCAAUUCAGGAAAUGCUUGAGGCACAUUUUUAGUCGGGGUGAAGAUGGGAGUUUGAAGAUGUAUUUUGAUGCAACUAUUGAGGUGAUCACCACAAGAGAUGUAAAAAUCUGUGGAGCACUUGGACCUUGUGUUUCUCUUCAUAAAAAAAAUGACUUAGUGAGUGAUCGUGAAACUGGGCAGGGUGGCACGUAUGCAUGGAAAUUGGGCACACUAACGAAUAAAACAUGCAUAGCUUUCUUCUUCGAAGUAGGCGAUGAACAGAAGGCGCAUCCUGGGUCUGCAUUUUUUAUACAAUUUAUAACACGAUACCGACAUGGAAACAUGGGAAUCCAGAAAAGAGUUACAACAGCUGCAAGAAGAUGGGUUGGAAACAAGUCAGCAGAAAUCACUGCUGGUUUUGAUCAGGAAGCAGCAGCUUCAGUCAUGGCAAGACUUGCCAUUCACCGAGCAGAGACAUGUUAUGCUCGAGAUGUCAUCAGAUGGUUAGAUGACAACCUUAUUCGUUUUGCUUCUAAGUUUGGGGACUAUAUACAGGAAGAUCCAUCUACCUUCAGGUUGUCAACAAACUUUUCUCUUUACCCUCAGUUCAUGUAUUAUUUGAGGAGGUCUCAAUUUAUUGAUGUUUUCAAUAGUUCUCCUGAUGAAACUGCAUUUUUCCACUUGAUGUUAAACCGUGAAGGGGUGGUAGGUUCCCUUAUCAUGAUACAACCUACACUUUUUCAGUAUUCAUUUGAUGGACCUCCUAUUCCAGUCCUCUUAGAUGUUCGCUCGAUCGCUGCCGAUGUUAUUUUGCUCUUCGAUUCCUACUUCCAUGUGGUGAUUCAUUAUGGGUCUAAGAUUGCUCAGUGGAGGAAACUUGGCUAUCACAAAGAUCCAAACCAUGAGAAUCUAAGAAAGUUGUUGGAAGCUCCCGAAGUUGAUGCGGAACAAUUGGUGGGGGAACGAAUACCAGCACCUAAACUGAUAAAAUGCGACCAACACAGUAGUCAGGCUAGGUUUCUUCUGGCAAAGUUGAAUCCAUCUGUUACUCAGAACUCAACAUACACAGAAGGAUCAGAGAUCAUUCUCACGGACGAUUUGAGUUUGCAAGAUUUUAUAGAUCACUUGCAAACACUGGCAGUGAAAGCUUAACAAAGAGGAGUGUUGUACAGAGUUUCUCCUGUUCGAGUUGUUCUGUGUUUUUCUUUGCAUAGAGCUAGAAAUAUAUGUUGUAUAUUGUUUCCAAUAGUUAAGGUUUCGGGUCGUUAUACUAGGAAGAGGUACACACAUGACAUUAUAGAAACAAGGUUGUUUGGUUUCUUUUUAUUUUUUCCUCUAUUUAAAUUAAGAGACGGUUUGAUAUUUCUCGUUU